AUGUUUAAUGCGGAAGAUGAUCAAUCGUCCACUACGCAGUUCAAAGAGUUUCUAUCGCAAUACUCUUGCUCUCCGGAUAAAACGCGUGAAACAAGUGCAGCAAAACUUGGAAAAUUAAAAAAUCGCGCGUCUCCAUAUCGAAAACAAGAAUUUCAUAAGUCUUCGAUCCCAACCAUUGAGGAGAAGGUUUCUAGUAACCCUGACAUUAUUGACUUUAAUUUGAAAGUAUUGUUCGUGGGCAUUAAUCCAGGAAAAAGGAGUGCACAAGUUGGACACCAUUUUGCCCAUCAUUCAAACCAUUUUUAUCCUUGCCUUAUCGAGAGUGGAUUCACCAACAACGAAAUAAUUAAUUAUGAAGAAGACGUGACCUUGCCAAAAAGAUUUAAUAUCGGCAUCAUUAAUGUUGUCGGUCGUGAUACUCGUUCUUCCGCGGAUUUAUCGGCAACUGAAUUAAGAAAUGGAAUUCCUUCAGUAAUAAAAAAGGUUAAACUCUACAAACCGAAAUUUUUAUGUUUUAUAGGAAAGUGUGGGUUUGAUGCAUUUGAGAAAGUUUAUGGAACACGCGAUAAAAGCAGAUCCAAAGAUUUUGGUUUACAAUCAUUAAAAAUAACUUGGGAAAACGACAAUGACGACAAAAGUCAAAACGAAAAAGACGGUGUUGGAGAAAGAUUCACAAAGGUUUUUUGCAUACCUUCAACAAGUGCCAGAGUAAAGCACUAUCAAAAAUCAGAUAAAUUAAAAUACUUCAAAGAAUUAAACAGUCUAAUUAAUGAUUACGAAGGGUAA